AUGCUGAUGCUAGAAAUACACAUCCAGGGGGGAUCAGGCAGAGUGUGCCAUCUUUUGUCGUCACAAGUCUUCCAACGCUAUGAACACUCUCAUAUCUCCUACCCCAUUCUGCGUCUUCUCCCCUCAGCUCUCAUUCUUGACCUGAUCCUGGUUGGCAUCGUGAAAGCGGUCGUCCGUCGGCGCCGCCCAUCCCACAACCGCAUGGACAUAUUCGCCACCUUCUCCGUGGACCGCUACUCCUUCCCCACGGGGCACGCCACUCGCGCAGCCAUGUGUGCCCGUUUCCUGCUGCUCCACUUGGUGCUGGCCACCCCCCUGCGGGUGCUUGUGUUCCUGUGGUCUGGUCUGGUGGGGCUGAGCCGGGUGCUGCUGGGAAGACACAACAUGACCGAGGUGCUGUUUGGCUUCCUGAUGGGCUACUGCCAGUACAACCUGGUGGAGAUGCUCUGGGUACCAUCGCUGGGCAUGCAGGGGCUCCUGGGGCUCAUCCAGGGGUGA